AUGGGCGCCGCCGGUUCGUCGGCGCUGCCGCACCUCGGUCUCCCCGCGACGCGCCUGCCUGAGCAGCCUAGGCCCAGGUGGCUCGGGGUCGUAGUUCUGGGACUGGCCGCCAUGGCGCUGGGGGCCGUGGCCUUUCGCCGGGCGAGACGUGGGUGGCGCAAGCGGCUGCAGCGUGUGGGCACUGUGGCGCAGCUCUGGAUCUACCCGGUCAAAUCUUGCAAGGGGGUGUCGGUGAGCGCGGCCGAGUGCACAGCCAUGGGGCUGCGCAGAGGCCACCUGCGGGACAGGUUUUGGCUUGUGAUCAACAAGGAAGGGAACAUGGUUACAGCUCGGCAGGAACCUCGCCUGGUCCUGAUUUCCUUGACCUGUGAUGGAGACUCCCUGACCCUCAGUGCAGCCUACACAAAGGACCUACAGCUGCCCAUCAAAGCACCCACCACAAAUGCAGUGCACAAGUGCAGAGUGCACAGCCUGGAGAUCGAGGGCAGGGACUGUGGUGAUGCAGCCGCUGAAUGGAUAACCAGCUUUCUGAAGACGCAGCCCUACCGCCUGGUGCACUUUGAGCCUCACAUGCAACCAAGACUUCAUUUGUGUGCCACCUAUAAUAACAAUUUGUUUCCUUAUCAGAUUGCUUAUCCUGAUGCCAGCCCAUUCCUGAUUCUCUCUGAGGCAUCCUUGGCUGAUCUCAACUCCAGACUGGAGAAGAAAGUCAAAGCAACCAACUUCAGGCCCAAUAUUGUAAUUUCAGGAUGUGGUGUCUAUGAAGAGGAUUCUUGGAAUAAGCUUCUUAUUGGUGAUGUGGAAUUGAAAAGGGUGAUGGCAUGUUCCAGAUGCAUUUUAACCACUGUGGACCCGGACACAGGAAUCAUGAGCAGGAAGGAGCCACUGGAAACUCUAAAGAGUUAUCGCCUGUGUGACCCUUCUGAAAAAAAGUUAUAUGGAAAAUUACCUCUCUUUGGACAGUAUUUUGUUCUGGAAAACCCAGGUAUAAUUAAAGUGGGAGACCCCGUGUACCAGCUUCUCCAGUAA